AUGGAACGAAGCUCAAUAGAUGUCAAAAGUUGUCUUCUGAGAAUGAUAUGCGAAGCUCAAAAUUUCUUACUCCCUCCGGGCUAUUCGAUGUUUCAAGAUAUGCUUAGAAUCGUUUUCACUGUUCCCAUAAGAGAUGACUUGAAAGACGAUUAUAGCAAUGCAAUGCGCGAAGCAAAAGAUCAAGAUUGCUUCAAAGUUUAUAGCGAGAGAUGUCCCAUAAGUAUCUUAGCAUUUCUACUUUAUUCAAAGCAUUGAUAUUAUAAAAAAUAUUGGAAAUUUAAUCACGAUAGAAGAUACAAAACUGCCACUGAUGAUGACACAAC